UGCUGCGCACUUGGCUAGAUCUCAGUACAAUACAUUCAUGUUUGAUCCAAGUAAUUAUUAUGCUGCCAACUUGCUGCUUCGCACUGGUGGAAUUAAUGGAUGUAACAACAACUGUAUCUUGCCAAACUCUUCACAAGGUGUUGGUGCCAAAACUGGAUUGAAUAUCAAUGCAGUUAGCAAUGGAAUCAGUGGGUUAAAAAUAGCUUGCAAUGAUGCUUCAUGUGGUACAAGCAGCAACAGUGGGAGUUCAUUGUCGUCACCAACUCCUUCUCCACGCAACCCAUCACCAGAGCAGAUGGUUUCCUGCCACAUGGGUACCCCUUCACAGCAAACCAAUUGUAAUGAAGCAGAGCAACCUUCUUCCAGUGAUAUAAAUGCUAUUUCUGCAUUACUGACUGACCUUGAUCGCCGUGCUCCAGGAUGUGAGAAAAAGCAAAUUGAAAUGGCAGCACAGAAAUUGACCUUGUCAGAUUACAGCUCAAAGAAAGUACAGGCUGCUAAAGCAAUGAAGGAACAAGUCAGCUCAAACCCCCGUACUCCAACCUCAAAUUGGUCAGGGUAUGGCUUUAGUAAGAGUCUCCCAGGCUACAUCAUACGGCAGAAAAUGCAAGAAAGCCGUCAGAUGAAAGCAGCACAUAAGGAACCUCAAAUGAUGAUUGGGAAUCUUGGCAUCAGCAGCAAGAUGUUACGACAACCGAAAUGCCACCACCUCAAAAUCUUCAAAACAUCCAGUAUCCAAGUAGAAUGCCAAAGGUGGAUUUAAGUAGCAGUAUUGACCACAUAUCAGCACACAGAUCUCCAGUCACACUCUCUGCUAGUAACUAUAUGGAUUGUGUUCUGCCGAGGCCACGUGAGGCUCGGUCUCCCACAGCUAUACAAAAUAUCACUUCUGUGCUUUGUGAUGUCCAGUUGGAGCAGUAUAUUGAUGUAUUUGCGGCCCAAGAUGUUGAUCUUCCGAUGUUCUUGACUCUUGAUGACGCUGACCUCAAGGAGCUAGGAAUAAAGAUAUUUGGACAUCGCAAGAAAAUUCUUAUGGCAAUUAAAGAUUUAUCUUCAAGAAAGCC